CAUGUCGGUAAAGAAUGAGAGUGCCGGUUCGGCCAGUCGACCUCAUUUGUUUGCUUUAAAAAAAAAAAAAUAUCUUACUAAAUUUCGUUUAUUUAUGCACAAAAAUCCUAAAUUGAUCGUUAUUAUAGAAUAAUAUCAAAUAAAAAUACGAUAAUUUUUUUAAUUAGAAAAGAAAUGGGCACCGUUCAAGCCAAGGAACCUAAAGCAGAUAUAUUGGAUUCGGAUAUAAAAAGCAAAAAUCCAAAUUUAGGUUACGAAGACAUGUAUUAUAAAAAAUCUCAACAGCCUACGAAAGCUAAAGAAGUUGCAAAUUUAUCAGAUGUUAAGGUUCGUGUUGAUAAAGUACACGUGGAUGGACUAGUGCGUACUAAAGAUGAUAUAGUAAAAUUACAAGUAAAAGAUCUUUUUAAAGCUAAAAAUUUCGAUGAUGUACUUCAACAUACAUAUAAUGUUCGAAGGAGGCUAGAAUCUUUAGGAUGUUUUAAAAAUAUCGACACUCUUAUUGACACAAGUCGAGGACCAGAUGCCACACCAGAUGGAAUAGAAGUUACAUUCACUGUCAAUGAACUUAGAAGACUCAGAGGUUCAGUGAAUACAUCAGUUGGAACUAAUGAGGGUUCAGUGACAAUUACCACCGAGACACCAAAUAUGUUUGGAAGAGGCGAACGUAUUAAUGCUCAAUAUUCAUAUGGAACAAAAUCAAAUCAAAUUAAUAUUUCGGCAAUUAAACCAUUUUUUGAUAGUAGACAUCAAAAAGUUUUGACGACAAGUGUAUUUAGAACAUCAAGUGAUUUUCCAUGGUCUGGAUAUAAAUUAAGUAAUAUGGGAUUUUUAAUAAAUCUCGCAUUAACACAGGGUAAACGUGACAAUAUUACACAUAAUUUUCAAUAUGAAGCGGAUGUUAGAAAUGUUACUGCAUCAAAGCAAGCGGCAUUUCAAGUACGUGAACAAUGUGGUCCAACAUUAAAAUCAUCAGUGAGGCAUAUUUUUUCAAUUGAUAAACGUGAUGCCAGUUUAUUUCCCACUAAAGGUUCACUUAUUGAAUUGACAACAGAAUUUGCUGGCCUCGGUGGUAAUAUUGGAUUUGUGAAAAAUGAAUUAAAUCUACAAACCAAUUGGACACUCUUCGAUUAUUUUACAUUCCAAUUGGGCGUUCAAUCUGGAUUUUUGCGAGGUAUUAGCAAUGAUCUUCAAAUAAAUAUAGUAGAUCAAUUUUUCCUUGGUGGACCAUUAAGUCUUCGUGGUUUUGAAAUGAGAGGUUGUGGACCACAAAAAAAUGGUAAUGCUGUGGGUGGCGAUAUUUUUUGGGCAUCAGCAUUACAUUUAUAUACGCCACUUCCAUUUCGACCAAGUUUUGCUGAAUUUGUGAAACUUCAUGGUUUUAUUAAUGGUGGUAAUUUGAAUACCCUAGCACUUAUUAAAACUGGUAGCGACUAUGAUGAGUACCUGAAAAUUUUUACAGACAAUGUUCGCUGUUCAAUGGGUUGUGGUAUCGCAAUGAUUUUAGGGAAUAUCGCGAGGAUAGAAUUAAAUGUAAUUAUGCCACUUUUAUUUUCAAGGAGCGAUAUUUUGACACAAUUUCAAUUUGGAAUAGGCGUCAAGUACUUAUAAAGAUAAAAAUAGUAUUUGUUCUUUUUUUUUUUGCAUAGUCCCUUAAUUAUUGUCCUUUUCUACUAGUUUUCAUUUCCUCCCCCCCUUUAUAAAGUCUAGUCUUGUACGAAGAUUUUUAUCAUUUUUAAAAUGAAACAUUUCAAUUUUGUACAAUGUAUCAAAAACGAAAUGCCCAUUGUAGAGUAUUUUUAGAAUAAAAAAAAAAGUCAAUACUUAUUUUGCAUACUUCAAGUUUAAAUUAUAAAAAAAAGUACCCUUGGGUAAUUCUUUAAUUAUUUCAUAUAAAAUUAUAGUGUGUAUAAUAUAUAUAAAAAAAAAUUUAUCAUGUAUUCCUAUAGGAAAUAAAUGCGCUUUUAAUGAAGUUUAUUAAAACUUCAAAGAGCGCAUUUAUUGAAAAUUGUAUGAAACUGUUAUGCAUAAUGUCGAAUAUUAGAAAAAACAAAGUUUUUAAAGUAUUCUAAUUUGUACAUACGUUAUUUCUGUGCAGAGAUUAAAGUUGACUUCGUUAUUUUAAAAA